UUGUUUAUAACUGGUAUACCAUAAAACAUAAGCAGUGAAGCAGUAAGGGAGAGCCAUCUCUAAGGCUCUAUCUUGUCAUUUUUGGAUAACUAAGUUAAACGGUAAACAUGUGGAAAUAUUUCAUGAUAUUUUGUGUUGUAAUUUCUUCUGUUUUUGCCUCCUCCUAUAGAAGAUACGACGAUUUCCAAGUAUGGCGAAUAAAAUGCAACAACGAAUAUGACGUAAAAUGGAUCGACGAAGUAUCAUCACAUUUUGGAGAUUUGAUUGACAGCUGGUCUGCCAAUCAUGGCCACCAGACCGUGGACCUCAUGAUCUCACCAUCAUUUACUGGUGACUUCCCGCAUCUUCUCAGAAACCGUGGCCUAGAAUUUAGCAUUGUAAUAGAGGACGUACAAGAGUUAAUUGAAAUGACGAUGCCCAAAGGUCCGAGACCGGCGGUUGCUUCAGGUGUCUUUGAUUAUACUAUUUACCAUACGUAUGACGAGAUCCAGCAAUGGGUGUCCGACUUUGCAAGUCAGAACGCCGAAAACGUUGAACAUUUUUAUAUGACAACCUCUUAUGAGGGACGGCCUAUUAAUGGGAUGCGGAUUUCUGGUGAUCUAUCAGUGACUGGUAAGCCUGCAAUUUAUUUCCAAGGUGGUAUUCAUUCGCGCGAAUGGAUCUCCCCGGCAACCGUUAUGUACUUCACAAAUCAGCUUGUGAAAGAUUACGGACGAGAUAGUGAGGUGACCCGUAUGUUGGAUGAGAUUGAUUGGUACAUUGUCCCGUCCCUCAACGUGGAUGGCUACUCAUACACUUGGACUAAUGAUCGUCUUUGGAGGAAGACUCGCCAGAGGGCCAGGGGUAACGUGUGUAUUGGGACAGAUCCCAAUAGGAACUAUAACUACAAAUGGGGAGGUGAAGGUUCUAGUAACAACUCUUGCUCUCUGAUAUACGCCGGCCCUUAUCCCUUCUCUGAGCCAGAGAUCAAGGGUAGCACUGACUUCCUUUUAAAGAAGGCCGAAACACAGGAGUUCAAGGUGUUUAUCGAUUGGCAUAGCUACUCUCAAUUGAUGUUGGCCCCUUGGUCAUGGACCGACAAAGAGCUUCCACCUGACGCUAAGGCACAAGACGACUUUGCAAAGGCGGCCACCUCUGCCAUCACAUCAGUGUAUGGAACCAAGUAUAUCUAUGGACCGGGCUCUCAAGUACUAUAUGUGUCGUCUGGAGCUAGUAAAGACUGGGGCUACGUGGGGUUAGGCGCUAAGUAUUCUUACACAGUUGAAUUACGAGACACUGGUGAAUACGGAUUCCUGCUACCAGAGAACCAAAUAGAGCAGUCGGGUAUUGAGACAUAUGAAGGUGUGAAGGCAAUGGGCCGCUUCAUUCUAGAAGAGAUUAGUGCAUCUGCAAAAUAAUCUGAAUUUUUGAUAUCUAUUUAUUUUCAAAUAGGCAUAUUGAUUAUUAAAUUGGCUAUACAAUUAUGCCCUAUUAAGAUACAAGAUACAGUACACUAGAUAAAUCUAUUGAAAGAGUUUUGUGAAAUUUGAAAUACACAAAAAUAAAGUAGUUCUAUAAUAUCA